AUGGCGGAUGCUGCGGCAAGGCAGCUCCAGUAUGAAUAUAAAGCGAAUUCCAAUCUUGUGUUGCAAGCAGAUGUUCGAUUUAUCGAAAGAAGAAGCCGAGAUGAGGCAACUGGAGAGGUUAUGUCCCUUGUGGGCAAGCUGACGGGGACAAAAAUGGGUGACAGAGCUCAGAGAACUCGCCCUGGCAAAGCAGAAGAGCGCAAAGCAAAACGACAGAAGAGAGAUGAAGCACAGUAUGAUUUCGCUAGGAUGAAAGGAGUAACUUUAUUGUCGGAGGGAGUAGAUGAAAUGGUUGGUAUAAUAUAUAGACCUAAAACACAAGAAACUCGGCAGACAUACGAGGUUUUAUUGAGUUUCCUACAAGAAGCUUUAGGUGACCAACCGAGAGACAUUCUUUGCGGAGCUGCCGACGAAGUAUUGCAAGUUCUGAAAAACGACAGAUUAAAAGAACGGGAGAAAAAGAAGGAGACCGAAACAUUAUUAGGGCCAAUUGCCGAGGAAAGGUUUGCACUGCUGGUCAACCUGGGUAAGAAAAUAACAGAUUUCGGUAAUGAAGAAAAUAAAGCUAACACCGGUGAAGAAAAUAUCGACGAAACUUAUGGGAUCAACGUUCAGUUUGGUGGUGGGUCUGAAGAGGAAGACGAUGAGGACAUGUAUGGAGAGGUUAGGGAGGAAAUGGACGAUGAGGAAGGCGAGGAAGCUAAAGAAGACAGCGCUAUUCACGCAGAAAAUUUGGGUGGAGUGGAAGAGAUGAAAAAGGAAAAAGCUCUUCAUCCGUUGGACAUAGACGCUUACUGGCUGCAAAGACGGUUGUCCAAAAUAUACGACGAUGCGAUGGUGUCACAAGCCAAAGCUACGGAGGUCCUGAACGUUCUUAGAGACGCCGGCGACGAUCGCGAAUGUGAAAAUCAGUUGGUUUUACUUUUAGGUUACGACUGUUUCGACUUCAUAAAACAGCUAAAAAAGCACAGACAGAUGAUUUUGUACUGUACUCUACUGGCCAAGUCUCAGAGUGACUCGGAACGCCAAAAGAUAAAGGACAAAAUGUCUGACGAUCCUUCAUUGCAUCGUAUCCUGAAGCUUUUGGAGACGGGGAAAGGCGACGACGAUGACGAGGAUGACGAGUCCGCCUCGAGGUCCCACAGGAGGAAGAACGAUUCAGACGAUAUGGACACAGGAAGUGCUCAAGUGGCAGGUUCAAGGCACCUGAUAGAUUUCGAGGAUCUGGUGUUCCAACAGGGGUCCCAUUUCAUGGCCAACAAAAGGUGCCAGCUGCCCGAUGGGUCUUUCAGGAAACAGAGGAAAGGAUACGAAGAGGUUCAUGUUCCCGCUCUAAAACCCAAACCUUUCGGGGACAAUGAGAAACUGCAACCCGUCGAUCAACUGCCGAAAUAUGUACAACCCGUCUUUGAAGGUUUUAAAACUCUCAACCGAAUUCAAAGUAGACUAUAUAAGGCCGCCCUUGAAUCUGACGAGAAUUUGCUUCUCUGUGCCCCAACGGGCGCCGGUAAGACCAACGUGGCGCUGUUAUGUAUGAUGAGAGAGAUCGGCAAGCAUAUAAACCCGGACGGUACCAUAAACGCGGACGAUUUCAAGAUCAUUUAUGUGGCUCCCAUGAGAUCCCUCGUACAGGAAAUGGUGGGUAAUUUCGGUAAGCGACUGGCGAGUUACAAUAUUACCGUUUCCGAGUUAACGGGCGACCAUCAGCUGACCAGGGAGCAGAUAGCAGCCACUCAGAUCAUAGUUUGCACUCCCGAGAAGUGGGAUAUCAUUACGAGGAAAGGAGGAGAGAAAACGUUUACUUCCUUGGUCAGGUUGAUUAUCAUAGACGAAAUUCAUCUUCUUCACGACGAACGGGGCCCGGUUCUGGAGGCUUUGGUGGCCAGGACGAUAAGGAUGAUAGAAUCCACCCAGGAGGACGUACGUUUGGUCGGUUUAUCCGCCACCUUACCCAACUAUCAAGACGUAGCCGCCUUCCUUAGAGUCAAACCUGAUUCCGGACUGUUCCACUUCGAUAACAGCUUUAGGCCGGUAGCCUUGGAGCAGCAGUACAUCGGCGUUACCGAGAAGAAAGCCCUGAAGAGGUACCAAGUGAUGAACGAGAUCGUGUACGAGAAAACGAUGGAACACGCCGGUCGCAACCAGGUGUUGAUCUUCGUACACUCCAGGAAGGAAACCGGCAAGACCGCGAGGGCGAUCAGGGAUAUGUGCUUGGAAAAGGAUACGCUGGGGCAAUUUCUACGAGAGGGAUCGGCUUCUAUGGAGGUGUUGCGCACGGAGGCGGAGCAGGUGAAAAACCACGAGUUGAAGGAUCUGCUUCCGUACGGUUUCGCCAUUCACCACGCCGGCAUGACCCGCGUCGAUAGGACUUUGGUGGAGGAUCUAUUCGCAGACAGACACAUUCAAGUGCUUGUGUCCACCGCUACGUUAGCUUGGGGUGUUAAUUUACCGGCGCACACCGUAAUAAUUAAAGGCACUCAGAUUUACAACCCGGAAAAGGGUAGAUGGGUGGAACUGGGCGCCUUGGACGUGCUUCAGAUGUUGGGUCGUGCCGGAAGACCCCAGUAUGACACCAAAGGCGAGGGAAUACUGAUAACGAACCACAGCGAGCUGCAGUACUACUUGUCGUUAUUAAAUCAACAACUUCCCAUCGAAUCGCAGAUGGUUUCUAAGCUGGCCGACAUGCUGAACGCUGAAAUCGUACUCGGCACGAUACAGAACGUGAGAGAUGCAGUAACGUGGCUCGGCUACACAUACCUUUACAUACGAAUGAUGCGCCAGCCCACGCUUUACGGAAUCGCCCACGACCACGUCAAGCAAGACCAGCUGUUGGAGCAGCACAGGGCGGAUCUGAUCCACACGGCAGCGUUGCACUUGGACAGGAGCGGUUUGGUUAAGUACGACCGGAAAACUGGUCAGUUCCAAGUGACCGAACUCGGAAGGAUAGCCUCCCACUAUUACUGCACCCACGAGACCAUGCAGACUUACAACCAACUGCUCAAGCCCAUGUUGAGCGAAAUCGAGCUCUUCAGAGUGUUUUCAUUGUCCGGCGAAUUCAAAAAUAUCGCCGUACGCGAGGAAGAGAAGCUCGAGUUGCAGAAACUGAUGGAACGCGUGCCGAUUCCCAUAAAAGAGAGCAUAGAAGAGCCCAGCGCCAAAGUGAACGUCCUCCUGCAGGCCUACAUCUCGCAACUUAAACUGGAAGGUUUCGCUCUGAUGUCCGAUAUGGUGUACGUCACCCAGUCAGCGUCCCGUUUAAUGAGAGCCAUAUUCGAGAUCGUUCUGCAUAGGGGAUGGGCGCAGCUAGCGGAUAAAUCUUUGGCUUUGUGUAAAAUGAUCGACAAGCGAAUGUGGCAGUCGAUGUCGCCGUUGAGGCAGUUUAGGAAGAUGCCCGAGGAAAUCGUGAAGAAAAUCGAGAAGAAGAACUUCCCUUGGGAACGAUUAUACGACCUGGGUCCUAACGAGAUCGGGGAACUAAUCCGAGUCCCCAAAUUAGGAAAAACCAUACACAAAUACGUCCACCAAUUCCCGAAAUUGGAAUUAUCCACCCACAUACAACCAAUCACCAGGUCUAUGCUUAAAGUCGAGCUAACCGUAACGCCAGACUUUCAAUGGGACGAGAAACUGCACGGGGCGUCGGAAGCUUUCUGGAUCUUGGUGGAAGACGUGGACUCUGAGGUCAUUCUGCAUCACGAAUAUUUUCUUUUAAAAGCGAAAUACUGCCAAGACGAGCACCUGGUUAAAUUCUUCGUACCGAUAUUCGAACCGUUACCACCGCAGUAUUUCCUACGGAUCGUCUCGGACCGGUGGAUAGGAGCGGAAACUCAGCUGCCCGUUUCCUUCAGACAUUUAAUCUUACCCGAGAAGAAUUUCCCGCCUACGGAACUCUUGGACCUGCAACCGUUGCCCAUAACAGCGCUACGGAACGAGAAAUACGAGGGCUUGUACUCAGACAAAUUCCCGCAGUUUAACCCCAUUCAAACACAGGUGUUCAAUUCUGUGUACAACGGAGACGACAACAUUUUCAUCGGAGCUCCGACGGGUUCCGGAAAGACGACCAUAGCAGAAUUUGCUAUUCUGAGGUUAUUCGAGAGGAAUCCCGAGGGCAGAUGUGUUUACUUGGUCCCGAAAGACGCUUUAGCUGAGCUUGUUUUCGCCGAGUGGCAUAACAAAUUCGGGCAAAACCUCGGCCGGAAAGUAGUGCUGUUAACCGGGGAAACUGGAACCGACUUGAAACUGCUAGCGAAAGGUCAAGUUAUAAUAACGACCGCUGAGAAAUGGGACGUGCUAUCCAGAAGGUGGAAGCAGAGGAAGAACGUGCAAAACGUCAAUUUAUUUAUCGUGGACGAGCUGCAUCUGAUCGGAGGCGAGGACGGGCCCGUAAUAGAAGUCGUUUGUUCAAGAAUGAGAUAUAUUUCCUCGCAAAUCGAGAAACCCAUCAGGAUAAUAGCCUUGAGUGCCUCGUUGACGGAUUACAAGGACGUCGCUCAGUGGUUGGGCUGUAAUGCUAACGCGACGUUUAAUUUUCAUCCCAGCGUUCGACCGAUUCCGUUAGAGUUGCACGUCCAAGGCAUUAAUAAUACUCACAAUGCUUCAAGAUUGAUCGCGAUGGCCAAACCAGUCUACAACGCUAUUUUGAGGUACAGCCCCCAUAAGCCGGCCAUCGUCUUUGUGCCCACUAGGAAACAAGCGAGGCUGACGGCAAUCGAUCUGCUUACGUACGCCGCUUCUGAGGGGCAGCCCAACAAGUUUUUCCAUGCCGAGGAAGAGGAUAUCAAGCCGUUUUUGGAUCGCAUGACGGAUAAGACAUUGAAAGAGACGUUGUCCCAAGGUGUUGCCUACAUGCACGAGGGCCUCACAGCCAGCGAUUUGCGACUGGUAGAGCAACUUUUCGAUUCCGGGGCCGUUCAGAUAGCCGUCGUUACCAGAGACUUGUGCUGGGCAGUGAACAUAUUCGCUCAUCUGGUCAUCAUUAUGGACACACAGUUUUACAACGGAAAGGUCCACGCCUACGAGGACUAUCCUGUCACAGACGUUCUGCAAAUGGUCGGAAGGGCUAACAGGCCCCUGGAAGACGACGAUUCCAAGUGCGUUUUGAUGUGUCAGAGUUCGAAGAAGGAUUUCUUCAAGAAGUUCUUGAGCGAUCCAUUGCCCGUAGAGAGUCACUUGGACCACAGGCUGCACGAUCACUUUAAUGCGGAAAUCGUCACGAAAACUAUUGAGAACAAGCAGGAUGCAGUGGAUUACCUAACGUGGACGUUCCUGUAUAGACGUUUGACGCAAAAUCCGAACUACUACAAUCUGCAAGGGGUAACGCACAGACAUUUAUCCGAUCAUCUUUCGGAACUCGUCGAGAACACGUUGUCGGAUUUGGAACAGUCGAAGUGUAUAAGUGUGGAGGACGAGAUGGAUUGCGUGCCGUUGAAUCUGGGAAUGAUCGCCGCUUACUACUACAUCAACUACACUACAAUCGAAUUAUUCAGCUUGUCCCUCAACAGCAAGACGAAAAUCCGUGGUCUGCUGGAAAUCAUCUCAUCGGCCGCCGAAUACGAAGACAUUCCAGUAAGACACCGCGAGGACAACAUCCUCAGACAGCUGUCACAGAAACUCCCGAACAAACUCACCUCUCCCUCGGGAGGCCAACCCAAAUUCAACGAUCCCCACGUCAAGACCAACCUCCUGCUCCAGGCGCACCUCUGCAGGUUGCAGCUGGGCGCCGAGUUGCAGGGCGAUACGGAAACCGUAUUGGCCAAAGCCAUCAGGUUGAUCCAGGCAUGCGUGGACGUGCUGAGUUCCAACGGGUGGUUGUCCCCUGCCGUGGCGGCCAUGGAGUUGGCCCAGAUGGUGACGCAGGCCAUGUGGAGCAAGGACUCUUAUUUGAAGCAGUUGCCGCACUUCAAUAACGACAUUAUCAAGAGGUGCACGGAUAAGGGUGUGGAAACUGUAUUCGACAUAAUGGAAUUAGAGGAUGAUGACAGAUCGAAACUUCUACAAUUGAGCGAUGCACAAAUGGCCGACGUGGCAAAGUUUUGUAACAGAUAUCCCAACAUCGAACUGACCUACGAGGUCCUGGAUAAGGAUCAGAUCCAUUCCGGAUCUUCCGUCCAUGUUGCCGUGCAGCUGGAAAGGGAGGACGAAGUUAGCGGUCCGGUUAUCGCACCGUUCUUCCCCCAGAAACGUGAGGAGGGCUGGUGGGUAGUCAUCGGCGAUCCCAAAUCCAACUCUCUCCUCUCCAUAAAGAGGUUGACCCUCCAGCAGAAGGCGCGGGUCAAGUUAGAUUUCGUGGCGCCCAGUCCCGGCCACCACAACUACACUUUGUACUUCAUGAGCGACGCUUACUUGGGAUGCGAUCAAGAGUAUAAAUUUUCCAUCGACGUGGGCGAUUUCGAGUCUAGCGGUAGCGAGUCAGACUAAGGCGUUGAAUUUAAACCGUGGUGAUUUGUAUGAGUUGCAUUUUGUACAUAAGUUUAGUUUAUUCGUAAUAAUAAAUAUUCCUUUAAAAUUA